ACGGAGAAAAACUGUUCAAAAUAUAUCCACCAAAUGAAAAUACACCAAAUACAAUCUCUUGUUUGAACGGAUUGCGUGUGUUAAGCAUUUUUUGGAUUAUCGUAGACCAUCGAUUCUUUUUAAAUCAUGUUCUGUCAGUUUUAAUGAUGAAUAAUCAAGCAGAAAAACACUAUAUUAAUUCAUUAUUGGCUACGUAUAUCACUGGUGGCACAUUAUGCGUGGAUACAUUUUUAACAAUAAGUGGCUGUUUGUUAACAUAUACGUUUUUAAAACACAUUGAAAAGGUUAAAGGUAAAAUACCUUGGGGAAUAUUUUAUCUACAUCGUUAUAUAAGAUUAACAGUUGGAUUGUUCGUCGUUCUAUUAUUAGCACUCACCAUUUUUUAUAAAUUAGGAAGUGGACCAUUGUGGCAUUUCGUGUUGGACAAGUUUGGAUUUUUGGGAUAUUGUAAAAAUUAUUGGUGGUCACAAUUACUAUAUAUACAAAAUUAUGUUAAUCCAAAUGAAUCAUGUAUGAUCCACACAUGGUAUUUGUCAGUUGAUAUGCAAUUAUAUGUGUUAUCCCCUUUAAUUUUGUAUCCAAUGUGGCGCUGGAAAAAGUUUGCACACACAGUCAUUCCGAUACUUUUGCUAGUAUUACAUAUUUCAACAUUUUUAAUUGUAUAUUCGAAAAAUUUGAAAUUAAAAUAUCUGAGUCCGAUAGAAUCUACACUUGAGGACGUUCACAAUUGGAAUACAUAUUAUUAUAGUCCUACUCAUACACGAGCUAUAACAUGGUUAAUGGGUGUUCUUUUAGGACAUUUUAUUUAUAAUUUAAAAACACCUAAAAAGUUAAAAAGGAAAUUUGUGAUAUUUAUGUGGAUAGGAUCCUUAAUUUUAAUGUUAAGUAUGGUACUGGUGGUUCAUCCUUUAACUGUGGAUGACUAUUCCAAAGAAAUUCCAUGGGAUCCUUUGUAUAUAACAUUUUCCAGACCAUUAUGGAGUGCUGGUUUAUGUUGGGUAAUAUUUGCUUGUUACACCGGCCAUGGAGGUCCAGUUAAUUGGUUUCUAUCUUUAAAUGCAUGGAUUCCUUUAAGCCGAAUAUCGUAUAGUAUGUAUUUAACACAUCUUUUUGUUCAAGUAUUCAAGCUUGGAAGAUCACGCACAACAAAAUACUUUUCACCUUUUGAUACGUUUAAUGAAAUAUUUGCUGAUACAGUUUUAACCAUAUUUUUCGCUACAUGUCUAUAUUUACUUUUUGAAUGUCCAAUUUUCAACUUAGAAGUAUGGUAUUAUAAAUUUGUAGGGAAAAAAUCUCAAAAAAAGGAAAAUGCAGAUAAAAAUAGAAAUUGUAUUGUAGAAAAUGUAUUACCGUUGUCUAUUCGACAAAUUAAAUAAUUUUGAACUACCACUUUGGAAUUGGGACAGCUACCAUAUUGUAUCGUUGUUGCAUAUAAAAAUUUCAUGGAUAAUUUUUAGGGAACAUGUCUUCAUAUACAUUUUAUGGUGUAAAAUCCGAAAACCAUAAGGAAAACUCAAAAUGAAGCUUACAUAGUUUACAGGAUUAUUAUUAACAAAAAAAGUUUUAUUUAAUCAGGCAGCUCUAAUUGGGCUACGAAACACCAAAAAUUCUGCUAAGUUGGGUUGUAAAACUUAUAUUCAAUUUUUCGACUUUUGUCAAAAAAAAUUUUUAUUCAACAACUCAAU